AUUCCUCUUUGAUUCUUCGAAUUUUUCCGGAAUCUGAAUACCUAGAAACCCUAAUUUUUUGAAUUCGUGACUACAGUUCGAUCCCGAAGAUGAGCAAUCAAAGCAGUUCCGGCUGGGGUUCGACUUCGACUUCGACUCAGUUCGGGAUUGGUUUGGCUAAUACUGUUCAGUCCGAGGCUGCUCCUUACUUGCCGCUACCGUCGUUACCUUUAUUUUGCGGUGCCGCUGAGCCUGGGGAGUUCAAGCUCUUCGAUGAGGUUGCCCAACGUAGUGGUUAUAGGUCGUUGGAUCGCAGUGAGAUUCUAGCGCAAUCCAGUAGAAUCGCAAAUAUGCUUCACGAGACUGACGUUUCUUAUCUGGAUCUUCGAAACGAGGCUAUGGCUCUUAAUCGUGAUUCUGUGGAGCAUUCUCAGUUAUACGAUCAAGUUCUACGAUGCAAUCCUGGAGCAUUUGAGUAUGUUAUCCCCGGUCCGACCUGCGAUUCAGUCUUUACCAAUGAAGAGCCUCAAAAGAUAACUUCUGAGCUAAGUGUUCCUGUCCAGAUUCAACGGCAGACGGAUAAUCAUUUAGCUAGGAAUAUACAACCUGAACCUGUGAAAAGGGUAUUGCGAUCAAAUCAUCUUGAAGAUCAUAGUUUGCACCACGAACCUUUGACAAACCAGUCACCGAAAGAUGUUUCUGCGUAUCAUGACUCUCGGCCUGAAACGAGUACCAUGAAUGAAAUUUCUGCUUCCAAGAAGCCAAAGGGAAAGAAGAAACGUAAAGAUGACUCGUUUUCAGUUCAACCAGAUCCAUCUGUGCUGCAAGAGUCCAUUGUAACAAGCUUUUGUGAGAUGUUGGAAGACUUCUGUGGCAGAGCUGAAGUCUCUGGUGAUGAUAGGGAUGAAGCAGAGUGGUCAUCAGUGCCUGUUGAUGAAGUCCGUGUUCUUGUAAAUGAAUUGAUGACUAUACGGUCGAAAAUGCUUCUGCAUAUGGUACCUGUUGAUAUUCUAUCGAGGUUAUUGCACACUCUGGAUCAUCAGAUACACAGGGCAGAAGGCUUGUCCAUUUAUAGUGAACAUGCAGAUUCAGAUUCAGUGUUAUUGGUUCUUGGUGCCCUUGAGUCAAUCCAUGCAUCACUUGCAGUGAUGGCCAACAGUGAUAUGCCAAAGCAGCUCUACAAGGAGGAGAUAAUUGAGAGAAUUCUGGAGUUUUCUAGGCACCAAAUGAUGGCUGUUAUGUCUGCUUAUGAUCCAUCAUACCGUACUGCAAGUAAACCGGUAGAAAAUGUUGCAUUUGAAGGUGAUGAUGAUGAUGAUCACGAUCAUGACAUGGGCUCAGCCAGCAAAAGGCGGCGCAUAGGAAAGAUCGGCAAAGUGAAGAAGUCGGCAGUGAACAGGAUCUCUGGAGCAGUGAAUACUGCACAACAGAAACUUUGCACUAUUCUUGGCUUACUCAAGGACCUGUUGUUGGUAGAAAGGUUGUCUGACAGUUGCAUUUUACAAUUGUUGAAGACAAGUAUUACGACAUUUCUGGUGGAAAACAUCCAACUUCUACAACUUAAAUCAAUUAGCUUAAUCGGUGGUAUAUACAAUUCAUAUGCUCAACACCGAACGUAUGUGAUAGAUGAAAUAUCUCAAUUACUAUGGAAGUUACCUUCCUCGAAACGAGCAUUGAGAGCGUAUCUUCUCCCUGAUGAAGAACAGAGGCAGAUUCAAAUGGUCACUGCUUUGCUUAUUCAGUUGGUUCACAACAGCACAAGCCUUCCUGAAACCUCGAGACAGGCUUCGAGUGGAAACUCCAUACUGGAUAUCCCAGUUGAUGUUGGCUACCUAACUAAAUGUCAUGAAGCGGCUACAGAAACAUGUUGCCUCUUCUGGACUCGUGUCCUUGAACGAUUUGCCAGUUUUAAGGGUCAGGAUGCUUCAGAGAUCAAAUUGAUUAUUGAGAAUCUUGUUAUAGAUUUACUGACAGCAUUAAAUAUUCCUGAAUAUCCAUCCGUGUCUCCUAUCCUUGAGGUUCUCUGUGUCAUACUGCUGCAUAAUGCAGGGUUGAAAUCAAAAGAUAUCUCGGCUCGAUUAAUGGCCAUUGACUUGCUAGGUACAAUUGCUGCAAGGUUAAAACGUGAUGCUGUCCUCUGCAGUAAAGAAAUUUUCUGGACGUCACUAGAAUCUGAUAGUGAAACUAGCGUCGACCAAGUUUGCGCAAAAGAUUGCGCUGUUUGUUUAGGUAAAACGGCUGGGAGCUUAUUGGUCUGUCAAAUCUGUCAAAGGCGGUUUCAUGCUGACUGUUUGGGUUUAAAGGAACUAGACAUUCCAAGUCGAAAUUGGCACUGUCCGUUUUGCGUGUGCAAGAGGCAACUUCUUGUACUACAGUCUUACUGCAAGACGGACACCAAGAGUACUGGUAAGUUGGAAUCAGAAGAAAACAUCGAAAACUCAAAUAUGAUCACGAAGACUGAAGUUGUGCAACAGAUGCUCUUGAAUUACCUNGUUCAUCUUCAUGCAAUCCAUCAGCCAGGUCACUUCAGAACCAAAUCAAAGUCUUCAGCAAAAGAGAUCUACAAGCUUAUCCGUGGAAACCGGAUUUCUCGUAACAAAUUUAUGACUUCGAUUGUUCGCAAGUUUGAUAAUCCAACAUGGAGUGAAUCAGUAAUAUCCUUUCUGAAGUAUUGCACCGAAACCCUUGCCUUGCUUCCAUUCACAUCACCUGAUGAGCCGCUGUAUCUUGUAUAUUCCAUAAACCGAGUAAUGCAAAUUCGGGCUGGUGCAGUCGAGUCAAAUUUGAAGGCUUUGUUACAUAAAGAUUCCACAAAGACUCAGCACGGAAAUGGAACAUACCAACAACAUUCGAUUCCGGGACAUAUGCACAUGAUGGAUCUAAACACUAGAAUCCAAGAUGAACCGAUGCAUUGGAAUUCCUAUGGCCAUCCAACUCCAAUUGACCUCAAUGGAGCAGCAUACCAAAAUCCAAGGGAUCAGUUCACUUCAUAUCAAGUCCAUAAUGGGAACGCAGAUUUUGUUCAUCUGCAGGAUCUUGUGUGCAAAACUUUCUAUGAAUUUUGGUUUGAGGAACCUCCAGGGCAUCAUACUCAGUUUGCUAGUGAUGCUAGCUCCAUUCCAGUGGAACUGGAAAAGAAAACCAAACAAAUGGUUGGGUUGUUAAGCAGGACCCCAAACCACCAGCUUCUUGUGACAAUUAUUAAGCGUGCCUUGGCUUUGGAUUUUUUCCCUCAAGCAGCUAAAGCUGCUGGUAUUAACCCAGUUGCUCUUGCAUCAGUACGCAGGCGUUGCGAGUUGAUGUGCAAGUGCUUACUGGAAAAAAUAUUACAGGUCGAAGAAAUGAGCCGCGAAGAAGGAGAGGUGCAAGUACUUCCUUAUGUACUUGUUUUGCAUGCUUUUUGUCUGGUGGAUCCUGGUCUGUGUACACCGGCCUCAGACCCUACUAAGUUUGUCAUCACCCUACAGCCAUAUAUGAAGAGUCAGGGUGAUAGUCGAAUUGGAGCACAAUUACUAGAGAGUAUUCUUUUCAUUAUCGAUUCUGUCCUACCCUUGAUCCGCAAGCUGCCUUUAAGUGUCACAGAAGAUCUGGAACAAGAUCUAAAGCAUAUGAUUGUUCGACAUUCGUUUCUAACUGUUGUUCAUGCAUGUGUUAGGUGUCUCUGUUCUGUGAGUAAAUUGGCGGGAAAAGGUGUUAGCAUAGUCGAGCAUCUUCUUCAGUUCUUUUUUAAGCGUCUGGAGGGCCAAGGUUCCGAUAACACACAGAUUGCUGGGCGGUCCCUCUUUUGUCUUGGCUUACUUAUCCGCCAUGGAAACACUCUUAUUAGCACCUCGGGUGGCAAGAUUUUCAAUCUCUCUGGCUGUCUUAAUUUAUUUAAACGACACCUCCAAACAGAAGAUCUUGCUUUGAAAGUCAGGUCGUUGCAGGCUUUAGGAUUCAUCCUAAUUGCACGACCUGAGUACAUGUUGGAAGAAGACAUUGGAAAAAUAAUCGAGAGUACAUUAUCAGAUGAAGCAAACGGGCGUAUGAAGAUGCAAGCAUUACAAAAUAUGUAUGAAUACCUUCUUGAUGCGGAAAAACAAUUGGGAUCCGAGAAAGCCAGUGAUAACACAGUUAACCCAAUUGAGCAAGGUGGCCAUGCAGUACCCGUGGCCGCUGGUGCAGGUGACACCAACAUUUGCGGUGGUAUUGUGCAGUUGUAUUGGGAUAAGAUAUUAGGUAGAUGCUUGGACUUUGAUGAUCAAAUUCGCCAGACUGCUCUCAAGAUAGUGGAAGUUGUACUACGUCAAGGUCUAGUUCAUCCUAUUACGUGUGUUCCUUAUUUGAUUGCCCUCGAGACAGAUCCUCAAGAGGCCAACCAAAAGCUGGCCCAUCAUUUACUAAUGAAUAUGCAUGAGAAGUAUCCGGCUUUUUUUGAGAGCCGUCUCGGUGACGGACUCCAACUGUCUUUCAUCUUCAUGCAAUCCAUCAGCCAGGUCACUUCAGAACCAAAUCAAAGUCUUCAGCAAAAGAGUUCGACAAACAUGUCGGGAAAAAAUGAUCAUACUAAUGGUACUCUCACACAAGCUAGACUUGGCGUCUCUAGGAUCUACAAGCUUAUCCGUGGAAACCGGAUUUCUCGAAACAAAUUUAUGACUUCGAUUGUUCGCAAGUUUGAUAAUCCAACCUGGAGUGAAUCAGUAAUAUCAUUUCUGAAGUAUUGCACUGAAACCCUUGCUUUGCUUCCAUUCACAUCACCUGAUGAGCCGCUCUAUCUUGUAUAUUCCAUAAACCGAGUAAUGCAAAUUCGGGCUGGUGCAGUCGAGUCAAAUUUGAAGGCUUUGUUACAUAAAGAUUCCACAAAGACUCAGCACGGAAAUGGAACAUACCAACAACAUUCGAUUCCGGGACAUAUGCACAUGAUGGAUCUAAACACUAGAAUCCAAGAUGAACCGAUGCAUUGGAAUUCCUAUGGCCAUCCAACUCCAAUUGACCUCAAUGGAGCAGCAUACCAAAAUCCAAGGGAUCAGUUCACUUCAUAUCAAGUCCAUAAUGGGAACGCAGAUGUGCACAAUACGACCUCAUCUGAUCCUCCUGAAUUGUCUACCGAUGAUCUGCAGAAAAUUCAGGUUGAUUGCUUAGCAGCUAUAGCUAUACAACUUCUUUUGAAGCUCAAGAGAUACUUAAAAGUCACGUACAGCUUAAUUGAUGACCGGUGCCAAGCCUAUUCUCCAACGGAACCAUUGAAGCCAGGAGAUCCUCUGUCCAAACAAAACAUUGCCUUUGAUCUCAGUGAAACUCGCACCGACUUACCUACAACAUAUCCAGACUUAGUUCAGAGAUAUCAGGAGUUUAAGAACGCAAUGAGAGAAGACACAGUUGACUUCACCAUCUAUUCAGCAAGCUUUAAGAGAAAACGCCCAACGCCAAGAAAAACUUCAAGAUCUGCUAAAAAAGCAGUGGCCUACAAUGAAGAUGAUGAAGAUGACGACGAAGAUGACAGAGGAUGGCAUGGAGGAGGUGGAAGAGGAGCUUCUCGGAGACUGAGUUACAGCACCAGAAGUAGCAACAGAAGAUAAAGUGAGAUCCCUUGCUCCUGUUAUUAGAUUACUGUACAUAAAGCAGCACUACAAAUAUAUCAAGAACGCUGUUGUUUAGGCUCUUAACCAAUGUACAGCCCUUUCUUACUAAAUUAGGAAGACACGAACGAAAUUAGAACGUUAAAAUAUUUUCUUGGAAAGAGAAAAAAAUCAAAGUAGAAGUCCUGAAUUGGGGAUGGAGGGGGGUUAUUGGUCAAUUUGAUCUCUAGAUGAUAUUGACCUAUUUAUUUUGUUAUUAUAUUUGUUUAUCAGUUUGCUUUUAUUUUUUUCCUUCGCUUGAUCGCGUUGUUUAGGAAAUGAAUGUCAUUGUAUA